CGAAAGCCUCCCAUUCUCCGUUUUCCUUCAGGAUGGGAUUCUUCAAAUAUCUCCUCUCGGUUAAGAAUGAGGUUAUCCUUUUCACAGCUCCGUUCCUCUUCCUCCCGCUGCCUUUAGUGAUCGGGACAUCGGAGGCAGAAUGCGCCUAUGUGAUAGCCCUGAUGGCGGUGUACUGGUGCACAGAAGUCCUACCACUGGCCAUAACAGCUCUGCUCCCAGCCAUCCUUUUCCCCGUGUUUGGCAUCAUGCAAUCCAAAGAUGUGUGUAUGCAGUACCUGAAGGACACAAACCUGUUGUUUUUGGGGGGACUGUUGGUCGCAGUAGCCGUGGAGCACUGGAAUCUGCACAAGCGCAUCGCCUUGAGGGUGCUGCUCGUCGUUGGUGUGCGUCCAGCGCUUUUGAUGUUGGGCUUCAUGGGUGUGACAGCCUUCUUGUCCAUGUGGAUCAGUAACACAGCUACCACAGCCAUGAUGGUGCCUAUUGUCCAAGCAGUGCUGCAGCAGCUCAACAACAGUGAGGCAGAGAUACCUCAGAUCCUCAGCUCAGAGGAGCAGGUCCAGACAUCAGAGACUGACAGUAAACAGGCUCCUCAGAGCGAGGUCCAAGGCCCAGUGGUGGUGACCUUCUUGGAUGGGGCAGUGGAGGCUGCCAUGCAAAAAGAGGCAGCAGAAAAGCUUAAAAUGUGUAAAGGGAUGACCCUGUGUGUUUGUUACGCUGCCAGCAUCGGAGGCACCGCCACGCUGACAGGAACCGGUCCCAAUCUGGUGCUCAAGGGCCAGAUGAACCAACUCUUUCCCCAAAACGGGGAUGUGAUUAACUUUGCCUCCUGGUUCGGCUUUGCCUUCCCUAACAUGAUCCUCAUGCUCACACUGGCCUGGCUUUGGCUGCAGUUCGUCUUCAUGGGAUUUGACUUUAAGAAGACGUGGGGCUGUGGGGCCGUGAAGACAGAGAAGGAGAUUGCUGCCUAUAAUGUGAUCCGUGAGGAGCAUCGCCGGCUGGGGCCCAUGUCCUUCGGAGAGAUCAGUGUCCUGUGUCUCUUUAUUCUGCUGGUGGUGAUGUGGUUCACAAGGGACCCGGGCUUUGUCGACGGCUGGGCGACAUAUAUCUUCAACUCCAAAGCAGAGUAUGUGACAGAUGCCACAGUGGCGAUCUUCAUUGCCGUCCUUCUCUUUGUCCUGCCCUCUAAACCCCCGCGUUUCUGUUCGCGUAGGACUCAAAGUUUCGAAUCAGCACCCCAUGAAACUGAUGGCCCAACUCCACCUCUGCUCACCUGGAAAGUUGCCCAAAAGAAGGUACCGUGGGGCAUCGUGCUUCUUCUUGGCGGAGGUUUUGCUCUGGCCAAGGGCAGUGAAGAAUCAGGACUCUCAAAGUGGUUGGGACAUCAAAUGACUCCCCUGCAAAACAUCCCUCCCUGGGCAAUUGCUAUCAUCUUAUGCCUGCUGAUUGCUACCUUCACAGAGUGCACCAGUAAUGUGGCCACUGCGACGCUCUUCCUACCUGUCUUAGCCUCAAUGUCUCAGUCCAUUGGGAUCAACCCACUGUACGUCAUGGUGCCUUGUACUCUGAGUGCCUCGUUUGCCUUCAUGCUGCCUGUUGCUACGCCUCCGAACGCGAUAGUCUUCUCUUAUGGAUACCUCAAGGUUCUUGACAUGGCUAGGACAGGAAUAGUCAUGAACAUCAUUGGCAUCCUUUGUAUCACACUGGCCGUCAACAGCUGGGGCAAGGCCAUGUUUGACCUGGACACCUUCCCGGCCUGGGCCAACGUCACCAAGGUGUGA